AUGCGUAUUCUCGAAACACGGUUUGCCAAUACCCGCAAGAACAAAGGUGAAGACUCGGGACCCAAAGUAGUGGUAACGGUUGAUGAUAAUAGUGAUGAUGGUAGCGAUGACAGUGGUGUUGUGGGGACUGAGAUUAACAUCCACGAGCAAGAGAGCACUCACGAUACAAGUGUCAUGGAUGAGGACCUUGAUGAAGGCCAGUACUAUAGUCGCGAUGAAGACACAUAUCCGGACUUUGGCACUAACUUGGAGGAGCUCGACGCCUCAGAUACACCCCCUGCUUUGGCUAGUAAUCGUGGACAGCGUGUCGACAUUGAACUGGUCGUGCCCACCAUUGAAGACACGAUAGGUGCUUCAUCGGAAGCUGGUUUUUGCCUUUCCCGCUACUGUUGCUGA